CUAUCAUCGCUGCUCUGAUUGGUCGAGGCGUAGGUCAGCUGCUGCGGUGAGGAAACACGUGCUCCUCCGCGCAUCUCCAGAUCAAGAUGGCAGCCUCCGUGUGUCGGUGCUACGAGCUGAUUGGCAGAAAUGCCUUGGCCCUGUGCUCCCGGCCUCUGGCCUCCUCCGUGUGGAGAGGAGAUGCCUACAGCUUACGCAGAAGUCCAGCUGCAGCUGUGCAGGUGCGAUAUUCUUCAGGUCGUAAAGGUUUUCUGGGAGAGUUUGUCGAUAACCUUCGCCAGGAGUUCAGUAAGAAUCAGGAGAUGAAGGAAAACAUAAAGAAGUUCCGAGACGAAGCCAAGAGGCUUGAAGAAUCCGAUGCCCUGCAGCAAGCCCGCAAAAAAUAUAAAUCAAUAGAAGCUGAGACGGUGAAGACAUCAGAAGUUUUUAAGAAAACCUUUGGCUCUCUGUCAGAGACUGUCAAGGAGGGCCUUGAGGAGGUGAGCCGUACCGACAUUGGGAAGAAGAUCAAGGAUGGAGUGGGGGAGGCGGCUCGGUCGGCCAUGCACUCAGCUGAGUCCAUCUCCAAAGGAGGAGAGAAACUGGGCCAGACCAGCGCGUUCAGAGCCAUCUCACAGAGUGUGGAAACCAUGAAGAAGGAGAUCGACACAGGCGACGCCGGCCCUUACAGGGCUCCUUCUCAGCUGAGGAAAAGGAGCGAUUUCUCAUCUAAAGGAGCAGACAGUGACACCAGAGUGUUCGAGGCCAACGAGGAGGCGAUGGGCGUCGUUCUUCACAAGGACUCCAAGUGGUUCCAGCAGUGGAAGGACUUCAAGGAUAACAAUGUGGUUUUUAACAGAUUCUUCGAGAUGAAGAUGAAAUAUGAUGAAAGUGACAAUGUGAUGAUCAGAGCAUCCAGAGCUGUGACUGACAGAGUCACCGGAUUUUUAGGGGGUCUCUUCUCCAAGACGGAAAUGUCUGAGGUGCUGACGGAAAUCGUAAAGGCAGAUCCAAACUUCGACAAAGAUUCUUUUCUCAAGCAGUGCGAAAAAGACAUUAUCCCCAACAUACUGGAGGCUAUGAUUCGAGGCGAGCUGGAUGUAUUGAAGGACUGGUGCUAUGAGGCAACCUACAGUCAGCUCGCCCAUCCCAUCCAGCAAGCCAGAGCUCUGGGGCUCCUCUUCCAGUCGAAAAUCCUUGACAUUGAUAACAUAGAUCUUGCCAUGGGUAAGAUGAUGGACCAAGGCCCGGUGCUGAUCAUCACCUUCCAGGCUCAGGUCGUCAUGGUGAUCCGCAGCCCCAAAGGAGACAUAGUGGAGGGAGAUCCGGAGAAAGUGAUGAGGAUGAUGUAUGUUUGGGCGCUGUGUCGCGACCAAGAGGAGCUCAACCCGAACGCAGCCUGGAGGCUCCUGGAUAUCUCCGCCUCCAGCACCGAGCAGGUCCUCUAGGAGAGGGUCAGCACCGUAGAGAAGGUUGAUCUUGGACAUAAUGGAUGCAAAGACGUACCUGAACUACAUGCACAUCCCGUGUACGUUACCUUGGAAACGCAGAGUGAAACUCUGCCGCCCUGCCAGAGUCUGUUUUUGCACAUGCUCCCAUUCCCCAUUCGAUGCCUGGAGGACCCAUCUGCAGAUGUUCAUAUGUGACCAACCUCUGGCACGCCAUCAUAUGUGCCCACGGAGUUCAACAAAACAACAUGUUCAAUUAAAUGUGCGCUUUCUCACACUGACUAGAUCAGUGUUGGGACUGGAAUGUGACCAUAGGACCGAAACGCGGAUGGAACCAGCUUCCCCAUCAGAUAACCAGAGCCUGCACCAGUUACUCCUCACCAUCUGUGAACGCGUUUUUAAAUGCCACGAGUAGGAAUAAACAUCGCCCCCAUCUUUGUAAAACAUGACUGCAAGCGAAUGCAAAUGUGAACAGAAGGUAUAAAUCUGUAACGUGCGUCUUCACUGGAGGCGAAAUGUGAGCAGCGCCAUCUGUGUUGGUCUGUGCAGAGAAAGGCUUAAAAAUAUGCUGCUGGUUCGUCUUGAGCUGAAGAUCUAUUUUCCGUCAGAUGUGUGUAAGAUAGAAAAGUGAAAUGUAAAAAACAAUGCUACAUUGUCCAACAAGUAACAGCCAAAACCACAUGGAAAAAGUUGUUAAAAGAAAUGUUGGUCUAAUAAAACCCAGUAUAUUGUAUUUAUUGAUUCUUAUCACUCAUAUGAACAGAAAAUAUUGCUACUUGAUGUUCGUGGAAUGACAUUUAACUCACCAUCGUUGGCUUCAUGGCCGAGGGGUCUUUCUUUGUCUCGUGUUGCAGAUUUUUCAUCCAUUUGUCUUAAUUCGACGACUUGGUUGACGUUUCAUUUUCAAGAAGUGAGGAUGGACUUUCUGAGUGGAGCAUUUCAUUGUACUGAUUGUUUUUAUUCAUUUAUACUGAGUGACUGUCCUCCAUUUACAUCAUAUACAACUGACAUUACUGUACUGUUGCUCCGUUGCCCUGCUCCAUGUGAAAAACCUCAUUGUUUUGUCUUUUUUUUUGAUUAUUUACAACAGGUAUCUUUGUCAAACUGUAUGUUUUAUUUUUGUUGGUGAAAAUCCUGACGAUAAAACCUUGCUCUGUCACUCUCUCGGUUUGUCCUGGGUGGGUGCUCAGGAUAUGUAAUCCAUCACAUGGCUUAGCUGGUUAGACAUUACGUGCAGCUAUAUUCGUGCAACACCUGUGAACAAAAAA